AUGAAAUCCUCCCUGAACAGCCUUAAUUCUUCAGAAAACCUGAAAAUAAAACCUGAAAACCCAAAAACGACUGAGAUAUCUCUGUUCAUCACAAACAACACUGCAAACCUCAACAACAUUACCUGUCCAGAAACGCCAUUCAAUCCUUACAAAAUUAUACCGAUGAGCUCCAGCUGUUCACGUCAAACCCCUCUGAGCUGUGUGGUUGGAGAGGUAAGCCAUAGGUUUGGUAACAUGACCCUGGGACAGCGGCAGCUAUUCACCGACAGCAUCAUCCAGCUGGGAGGCGACAGCACAGUUGUGCUCAAGUACGUCUUGCUGAAAAACAGAACUGACGUUCUGGCGUGUGCUGCCAUCUCACCAGAAUCCCCUUCAGCGACACAGAGGUUUCCCAUUGUGGCUAACUUUAGCAGGUAUAAAUUUCGUGACAGGGUUUCGCAAGUCUUGAAGAAUCACAUCUCACGAAUUACCAUCCUGUCGAACUCUCCCUUCAGUACAUCAAUGGAAAGAUGUCAGGAAGUCAGGUUCAUGGUAUCUGGGGAGAUCAACCAAAAGCUGCUGGACUCAGUCAAAACAAAUUCCAUAAUGGGAGAAUUCAUAGAGACCCCAUCAUGUAACGGAAACUCAGCUCUGAUGCCUGGAAGUUUUCUCAUUGGCUUGUUGUUUGUUGCCACCUCCUGGCUGUCAUCUACUCAACUGUAACUCAGAAAUUCAACACAGCCAUGCAUCUUCUAUUGUGAAACUGCAAAUAUGGUUUUAGAAAUCUAAUCCACCACAUAAGACCGCAGUGAUUAAUUAUUGAGCAAAUAAUUCUCCUUUUCUGCAACUUUCCCCCAACCCAUAAAGUUCAUUGUAUUUUUGGAGAUUUGUUUUCUCCAGGAAUGAUUUGAGGCAAAUAUAAGAAAUUGUAAGAACAUCUUUUAUUUGCAUAGUACUUUCCCCACAUAAAUGCAAGCAAUAGUGUUUUAGAGCAAAAUAAGUUGUAAAGCAUGACACCGUGAUGAUUGAAACUGUUAAAAUAAAAACAUUCCAAAUUUAAAAUUCAAAUU